CUUAAGAAAAAUGGUAUCCAUUUUGUACAAAGACAGCACAUCUUCAUUUAGAAAUAGAAAGAAAUUACCAAGUUUCAAUUUCUUCAUCUCAUUGACUUAAACUUCUAGAAAACUUAACUUUCAAUAUUAUUUCCUUUACGAUAUAACCAAGAUAUUACUGAGCAAUAAUAUGAUAAAUUAAUCACUACACGUAAGAAUAUUUUUGUUCCAUUUUUUUUUUCAACUAUCUUCCAAUCAGACAAACCGUACUCUUCCAUAAAAGACAACAACCAAUAAACAAAAUAGUACAAUGACAUCCUUAAAAAUUACAGCUAAUUAAGAAAUUAAUUAUGUAACACAUUUUGUAUCACCAUUAAACAUCGAUACCUCUCUUCAUUAUAAAAUGUAACAAGAAGAAAAAAUUAAACCCUUCCAAUCUUAAAUCAAUCUCUCAACAACAAAUUACAAUAAUUCUUUGUCGUAGUUAUGACGCCUAUGUCUCCAGGACAAGACAUGUCAAAUGGCACAACAAACAUGAUGAUGAACAUGCAAAUGAGUUUCUAUUGGGGCAGAAAAGCCACAGUGCUUUUUUCUGGAUGGCCUAAUAACAAUCUUGGAAUGUACAUCUUAGCUAUUUUGUUUGUGUUCUUUCUAGCUAUGACAGCUGAGAUUUUGUCGAACCAACCACCAAUCAAACGUGGGACUAAUCCGCUUGUUGGAGGGUUGAUUCAGUCUUGUGUUCACUUCUUUCGAAUCGGUUUCAUUUACUUGCUUAUGCUUGCUGUUAUGUCCUUCAAUGUUGGAAUCUUCUUUGCUGCUGUUUUUGGUCAUACUUUAGGGUUUUUUGUGACGCGGUCGCGUGCUAUUUCUGUUGCUAAUGGGGAAGAUCAACGAUCCGUGUCUGAUACAAUCAAAGUUUGAACUAUUAUGUACUCUAUAUUACUCUUUCCGAUCAUAAAUAUGAGCAAAAAGUCAAAUAAAAUACAUUUAACUUUUUACUUAUAUUUAAGACCAAAUGGAGUACACGUUCUUCAUGUUGAAUAGCAUGUUCUUCAUGUUGAAUGGUUUUCUUAAAGCUUUUCACAUAUAUAUUAUAGAUUGAUGAGGUGUAUGCUUCUGUUUGAUAAUUAAGUGUAUGCUUGGUAUUAAGGUGGAUAUGUCAGAAUCACGAUUUUCUAACGUGAUUUUCCAAAAGUUACACUAUGUAGCUUCUACAAAAUCACGGACUGUGAUUUUAGCAUAUUCACCGUGAUACUAAAAAUAGGCUAAGCAUCCUCUAGCAUGUUGUGUUAAGAACUUUCUAUAUUGUUAUUAUGAUUUGGUUUGCAGCCUUAUUAAUUUCCAUGUUUUAUGUAAA